CUUAGCCAAGGGGUUGUUCAUGUCCGCAGUGUGAGGGACUGAAGCUGAGGAAAUACACGGCAGACUUUUGCUUGAUUUAUGAGAGAUUUCCCUGGUUCUCCAGCAGCAGCACCGACUGAGAGGACAAGAGUGAGUGAAAGAGGAGGGGAAAGAUAAGUGUCAAUCUGUUCAGACUUGUUUGGGAAUUUAAGGAAGGAGAAGAGGUGGGGAGAGACAGCAAGAGGCAGCGAGAGGGAAAAGCAAGAGCUCAUGCGUAAACAUUAACUUUUUACAAGUCUUGAGACAGAAAAAAAAGCAGUUGAGGUUUAUUUUGGGAAAAAGGGAAAGACGGCUGUGUCACUCAGACAAUGUGAACUCAAGGAGUUAAUUUUUCUAUGUUGUGCAAUCUCAUGUUUUUGAUCUGAGGGGGGGAGACCACAGAUCUGCCUGGGACUCUGCAAUCAGGUUUCCAAAUUAUGGUGCUAUGGGGACCAACAGACCCAGCUGAACCCUCUUUGACACAUUUUCUAGCACCAACAUGCCUGACCACAAACUUCAGCCAGGUGGAAAACUCUCCCGGGAUCCAAGUCCCAGGCCAGUGAUGACAACCCAACUGGAACGACAGAGAGAUGGCGAACAAGAAGAAAACCAGAGGAAGGAGAGCAACACUGUGAAAAUGAGAGACAAAACAAGACACAGAGAAAUUGAAAGGACGAUGGGAGGAUACUACAAAAGAGAGAGAGCACCUGCACCCAGGCUUAGAGAGGAAGAAAGAGAGUGGAGAGAGAGGGUAAGGAGGCAAGAGGAACGAAUCAGAAAUGGAAGAAUGUCGUCAAAUUUAGAAGAACGUGAACAACACGCAGAAAGCGGGAAUAGGAAAGGUGACACUUUUCCAAGAAUGAGAAAAGGUGUUGCAGAAUAUGACAGGAGAAUCAUAUCGACCACGGAAAGAGGAGACAGAAGGGAGAGAGAGAGGCCCCAAAGAGCUGAGACAGAUAAAUGGGAACGGGAACGUGAACGUGACAGGACAUGGUAUGGAGAGAGAGAAAGAGGUGAGAUCAGAAGCAGGCCUAAAGAAGAAGGAAAAAGCAUGGGAAGGAGGCAAGAUGAGCAUAUACAUCAGAAAGAAAAAUAUCAGGACUACGAUGCUGUUUUUCAAGAAAGGAGAAGAGAAAUGGCCGAAUCAUGGCAUGAUGGAGAAAGAGAUACAGCUAGAAAGAGAGAUAAACCCAAGUCUAACAUAAGAGACAGAGAGGCCAGAAUACCUUCGCCACACAGGAGAAGAGAGAGAGAGGCGUACCCUGAUAGAAGAGAGAGGGAGAAAGCUCACAGGAGAGAGGGAAAGAGGGACACCAGGAGUGAGGGAGACAGUGUCGAGAGAGAGCUGAAGAGGGAAAGAGUGAGGGACAGAGAGAGAGAGGAGUUGAGAUAUCAGCACAGUAAAAGCGAGGGGGACACAGAGGGGAACUCUGCAAGGGAGGCAGAUCGACGCAGAGAGCGGGACGGGCAGAGAGACAGUGACAGAGAAGGGUACAUUUCCAGGAGACCGGGAGGGGAGAAAGACCGACACAGAGAGGAUGUCAGGAGAGCAGACAGGGAGGGUGACAGGCGGAGGGAGAGAGACUUCAGGGACGACAGAAGAGAGGAUGAUAGAUAUAGAGAAAGAAGGGAAAGGGAUCGAAGAGAAAGGGAUGUCAAUUACAGACCGGCCCCAAAGCAGCCCCCCUCAUCCAGUGGUGGUGAGCGGAACAGCGAUAUGGAGAGUGACGCAAGGUACCAAAGAGACAGUUAUGAGACACAGUUGAGGAGGGAGGGUGAAAGACAUAGAGAAGAGCGGCGAGAUCCAGAGAAAGGUGCAGAAAGAAGUGAGAGAAGAGAAAAGCAACACAGAGACCGAAUAGAACUUCCAUGUAAUGACGCAGAGCAGAGGAGGAUGUGGUUGGACCCACGGAGGGGCAAGACUAGUAAAGAAGAGAUUGUAGACCAAGAAGGGCACAGAGAAAGGAAAGAGGAGGUGAGAAUAAAAGAAGAACCAGAUGACAUGUUCUUAGAGCAAAGUCAUCAUGAAAGGCAGACAGGGAGAGACAAAUACAGAAGAGACAUAGGGCGAGAAACACAAGAAGAAAGUGUAGAUAAGGAGGAGGUGGGUGAAAUCCUGGGAGAGAGAGAUAAGGCAGCAAAGGAACAUCUGUCUGACAGUGAUGGAGGGAUAAAGGGAAGCUGGCAGAGGGGUGCAGAGGGAAAGAACGUGACAGACAGCACAGAGGAGAGUGACAGAGAGGAAGAGGGCGGGGGGGAUUACUGGGCUCGUUCUGAGAGUGAAGGAGGAAGUGAGGGCGGGUGGAAUCAAGACAGAGAGAGAAUGCUGUCAGGAGAGGACGGAUUUGUGACUGUGUCCAGUGGUGGAGAUGAAGAAGACUACGAGAAGGAAAGCGAUGAUGAGUUUAAGGACUGUCAAGAAUUCUGGAAUCCUGGAUAUACUUAUAAAGAUCGCUCACCUGUUGGCUCCAAAGGACAUGAGGCAGACGAGCAGACCACAGAAUGGACAAUGACGAGGGAGGAAAAUGUUGAUGAAGGUGACGACGAAGAGGAACAGGAGAGAGAAAAGCGGCAAAAGUAUGUUUUCUGCGUGAUUGGUCAAACUCUUCCUCGCUCGGGAGUGAAACCGAAUAACCCAAAGCCAGAAGACGAUCAUCACGACAGCGAGGAUGCCAAACAGCAGUCUGAUGAUGAAGAUGAUGUACAUCUGACACUGAGUAGAGAUGAACAUCCAGUCGCAAGCAGUGUGGACACAGAAAGAGAGCAUCAUGCACCAAGAGAAGACAUGCUCACCAGCGUAGAACCAGCUGAGGGGCAUAGUGGAUACUCUCCAAAGCUUCCAGAUGCCAACAUCACAGAGGAAAUGAGGAGCACAGUAGAUACCCCACCUGGGUCCAUGAAUAGAGACUCACAGACUGAAAGGCUCCUUAAAGAAUGGCGGGAGAAAAAUAAAGAACUGGGAGAAUUGAAAACAUCUCCUGUCUCAGGUAAUCCCUAUGACGUUGUUUAUUCCCCGGUGAAUAUUGAACAAAUCCAGCCUCUCCUGGAUCAGAUAAACAGCGGAGCAAUGAGCCCAGAAGAGGUGGAAGCCAUUCGGAUCAGAAUCAGCGGCGCGUGGAGCAUGUCCGACGAGCCCAAGCGGCAUUCCCAAGCCCCGCACCUUAAAUGGGCUAAAAAUGUGGUGCGUGAGAUCCUGGGGCACUCGGAUGAACACGCAGUGGACGAAACAAACACAGAAGCACAAGAGGAUCAAGGGAUCAAGCAGUCUGAGGCAAAGGACAACAAACAAGACGAGGCCGCACAAGCGACGGAGGAGCUGCCUGUUUUCAAGGUGACAGCGGGCGAACAGGACUCGGAGCCCGAGCUGGACGACGAGGAGUUGGGGGAGGAACCGAGAGGUAUGGGGCAGAGCCAGGCUGUCAUGCAUGCUGACCAGUCCACAGCCAUGCAUGUUGUAACAUCUACACACACUCAUGAUGACACACUGUUAGACACGGAGAGGGAGGAAGAUGACGGCACGGACAAACGGACUGCACGUCCCGGUCGAGAUCAGUUAGCGGAGGAAGGCGCAGGGGAGAGAAUGGGAGAAGAUGGCUCUAAUGAGGUCAAGUUAACAGAAAGUGAAGAAGGCAGAGAGGAGGAAGUGAAGAUGUUAAGUGUAAGUAAAAUGCUGUACAAGCCAAACAGCUGCCCCAUUCUUAAUUACCAAAGUGAGUCUGAACUCCUCAGCCCCUCCAGAGAGGGUGACGGCAAGGAGCUCCACGGCGGACUAGAGGACAGUGAGGACGAACGGCAGGGAGAAGCGUUUGAAAAUAGGGAUGCUGAACAGGAGGCAGGAAGAAUGACGGUGGGAGAACAGAUGGACGUGGAUAAAGGUGAGGGGAAGGUGGCGGCAGAUUUGAAAACAGGGACUCUGGCAAGCUCCUGCAGUUUUCGGGAUUUGGGUCCUGAAGCUCGAUUACGAAGAAGGGGAAUCCGUAAAACCACUGAAAGAAGAAAUGAAGAGAUUGUACAGGAAGAAGAAGAAGGUGUUGGGAGGGAUCGCAGAACCAGAAUAUUUCCUCCAUCAGACGAUGGAGAUGACCAGAGCAAAAGCUGGGGAGAAGUAGAGCUAAGAAAUGUUUUGGAAACGAUCAACAGACAGAAGAGAAACUCCAGGUUUUUUAACGCUGCACAGCUCUACCAGCAGUACAGCGAGGAGGCGCAGAACUUUGAGAUCCUGCGCCAGUCCCGCUCCGACACCCUGUCUGUGUCUGAGGACAACACAGCGUCUCCCGCUCCGUCGCCUCCUCCCGCCCGCCGACCGCUGCCUCCCCUGCCUCCAGUCCCCAACGUCCUGACCCAUGCAGGCUCCGUCACCAGUAUCCAAAGCUUGCCUCUCCCAGAGCCCCCCAGGAGCGGAGGCAGGCCUCCGUCUCCUCGUCUUUCCAUCUCGCUGAGGCAGUCGGCCUCCCUGUGGCGAGACCUGCCGGCUGUCAGGAACAGCGCCGAGCUGGAGGAGCUCACAGACGACCAGAGGCGGCUGCAGGAGGUACGAUUUGAAGUUGUGACCUCAGAAGCUUCCUACUGCCACAGUUUGGACAUCGUCGUUGAGCACUUCGUAAAGUCCAAACAGUUGGGAUCUCUGCUGACCACCCAGGACAGAAACUGGCUGUUCUCCCGGCUGGCUGACGUUCGAGCCAUAAGCCACAGUUUUCUGUCAAAGUUGGAGGAGCGGGUGGAAUCAGACAUGAUGCACUUUACAGUGUGCGACAUUAUUGCUCGAAACUGUCCGCGCUUCAAAAUGGUUUAUGUGCCCUACCUCACCAACCAGUCCUACCAGGACGCCACCUACCAGAGACUCAUGAAUGAGAAUCCGGGAUUCAAGCGGAUUGUUGAGAAAUUAGAGAGGAGCCCUGUUUGUCAGAGACUUCCCCUCCGUUCCUUCCUUGUGCUUCCCUUUCAAAGGAUCACAAGAAUCAAACUGCUGGUCCAGAAUAUAGUGAAAAGGACGACACCCGGUACUCCAGAGGCGACGCACGCCAUCAAAGCUUUGAAACUCGUAGAGAAGCUGAUUCAAGAAAGCAAUGACAGCAUCACUCAAAUGAAAAGCAUCGAGUCCCUCGUUUCUCUCAAUGCUAAAGUGGACUUUGCGUGCAGGACUCUUCCUUUGAUCAGUCAGUCUCGGAGGCUGGUGCGUGAGGGUCCUGUCACUGAACUGAUGGAUUUCUCCCUAAAGGAAACCGAGAGAAAUGUUUACAUGCACCUAUUUAAUGACUACCUGCUACUUUCACUACAAAAAGAAGGGGGGAGAUUCACAGUCAUUGACCACGCUCCCGUGUCAGACCUGCGUGCAGAGAACUGCAGAGUCAAACUUCACUCCCUGCAGAAGAACCUGUUUCGGCUGCACAUGACGAACAAAGCCCUGCUGCUAAGGACUGACACACAGAGUGAUAAGCUACGGUGGAUAUCAGCUCUCUCCAGGCCGCAUCCCGAAAUAGAUUUUUCUGCUGCUCAAGAUUUUGAACAGAUGCAGUGCAUCCGAGCUUUUGUUGCUCAGCAGCCGGACGAGCUGUCCUUGGAAAAAGCAGACGUGAUUCUAGUGCACCAGCAAAGCAGUGACAAUUGGGUAGAGGGGACCAGACUGUCGGAUCGACAUCGUGGAUGGGUGCCCAAGUCUCAUUUGGAAACUAUAAGCAACCCUAGAGUCAGACAACGCAACCUGUCGGAUGCUUUGAAACUGACGACGGCCACGGCUGCUGUUUGAGCCGAUUGCUCAGAACUGGACUGAUCACAGUGAUAUCACGAUUCAUCCUCAAGAAGACAUUUGGUUUUCUACUUUGAUUUGCUGGAAAUCCUAAAUCGUACAUUCAGUGAUGUUUUUCUGUCAAAUUGUUUACUAGAAUGUGGAUGAAAUUGCUGUGUGAAUGCAUCUCAAUGUGCCACUGGGUCGUGCUUGGUUCACUCAGUGGGACAACAUCCUGCUGCAGAGAAAUGCAUGAACUGCUGAAAUCUUCUGGAACAAGGACUUUUUGGACUCUAAUAACUGCUAUGUACAGCACAGCACAGAUAGUGGUGGAUCAUUGUUUAAAGACAAAUGUUCCUGGGAGAAUUACUUCUUUCCCACUCAAAUGUUAUUUUUGGAAAUUGUAUUGUUUGUGUUGAACAAAGUUGAAUGAUUGAGUAUUUGAUGGGUGGGACUCUGCAUGCAGCAGAGCUGUAAGAAAUGUCAUGCGAAAUCCUUCAAAAUGCACAGGGCUUCACAGGUAACACGGAUGACAUUUCAAUGCAACCACGUCUGUAAUAAAGCUAUAUUUGAACAGCAUACAUG